UGAAAGAUCUACAUCCUCUGGGUCGCACACCUUGCAACCAUUUCUGCCAGGUAGUGUGAAGACAUCAAACAACCGGCUGACGUGAUGGAGAAUGGUUCUGUGGUUUUAGCUCAGAGGCCAUCAGAAGAAUCACUGCUAGAUCGUGCCAAACCCCUUCCCACGUCUCUACAGAGUGACUUCAUCCCUGAUGAUGUCUUACUGGCCCUUACCCAGCCUCCCUACCCACGGGAGCAGCUUGGUCCCCCAGCCCGCCACAAAACUUUGGCAGCCGUGCCUUCCAAAAAGAAACCAGCUAACGUGUGGAACUUCAAGCGAAAGGAUCGCUUUAAGCAUCUCACUGAAAACACACCCUGUAUUUGUGGGUCUGGAAAAGACAUAUCAUUUCUCUACGAUGUCCCCCAGCCACGGAUGAAGCCGGAUAAAGAUGAUGGGUUCGAUCCAAGCAAGGUUCGCAAAGAAAUGGAUGAGAGGAAGAAGACGGGCCUUAAACUGCCAGAUACACUUGUGCCAGAUGAGUACCAUAUUGUGAAGAACAAAGGAGUCAUGGGCAUAGAGUAUCAUGAAGACAAAUAUUCUACACAGACUGAUGACCAUGAGAAGCAUUUGGUUGUUUUUCCUUCAUUGAAACCAGCUGGCAGGUAUGAGGUGGUUCAGCUUAGACAGGCAAUGGAAGACAUGCUGGAUAAGUCAGGAGUUAACGAUGAAGAUGUGGAGAUCAAAGGCCCAACACAGAUGCAUAAUUUGCUGGAGUUAAUAAAGAAGGAGCAGAAUAUUUACAAUGUGAUAUUCCAUGAGCUAAUCAGACAGGUCAGUAUAGAGUGUGUUGACAGAGGGGAAUUACUCGCAGACCUGAGGAACAAAUACAGUAACUUACUCAACAAGGUACCACAUCAGAUCAAAAGUUUACAUGAGGAGGUUCUUGCGCAGAGAGCGCUGGACAGACGGUUAACGGAGGAGCUGAUGAGAUUCAAGGCCACCAUCACCAUUCUGACCAAUGAGCUGUCUGAAGUGAAGGAGCAUGACAUCAGAGUGACAAAAGAGGCACAGGAGGCUCAAGAAGAUCUGAGGACAGCGCUUAUUGAGGCUCAGAAGAAUGCCAGCCUGUUGUCUGAGUACCACGAGCUGUAUGAGUUACAGAGACAUCGGCUGGAGAAUCAGGUGUCCAAUCUGACAGAUGAAAAAGAGAUAUGGAGCACUGCUGCCUACUGCCUGGCUCUCAAGGUAACAGAGGAGAGUAAACUAACUACAGCCAAGAGCUUACACGUGAGCGAGAAGGCGUGGUCAAAACUAGCCAAUCACUUCACGAUUCUGCUGAGUGACAAAGACACAGAAAAUGCUGACAUCAGGAUACAGGGCUACGUGGAGAAAUGGCGAGACUUGAUCGAGAAUUUUAACACGGCGCUGAAACGACGAAGAAAGAGGAGAUGAAGACCCAGCUAAGGACAGUUUCAGAGGGGACUGGAAAAGUGGAAAACUGAGUAUGAGAAUAUGUGUUUGUGAGUACACUAGCCCAGCUCUUCUGUUUUUGUCUGAAACCCAGGUGACAGUCUGUGUUAAAAGCAAAUGCUUACACCCCGUUUUUCUCGUCUUAAANNGGUGCUUAACCAGGUUACAGAAAGCCUGGUAGGAGAGGUUUUCCUCAGCAGUGAAGAAGAACUGAUCUUCAUCCGUAAACACCUGGACAGCUGGACAGACAGCGCCAUCAAGUGUUUUGGUCGUCACCGAGGACCCAAUGACACCAACCACCCUGAGUUAGAAAAUAUGAAAGAGCUGAAUCAGGAAGUAGAUGACUUAUUGCAGCAAUAUUACAUCCGGCUAACGGGAGAAAAUGGGGCAGCCCAGGGCAUCAUUCACCUGUUGAACGUGUUUGAGACUUGGACGGGCAGACUGACAUCUCAUCUGAAUGGGACAGCUGUCAUCAACGAAAAUGAAUGGUCCAGAUUCAACAUUCUUCUGGAUGAUUGGCUGACUGAGGUCCUCCUGACAAUUGAUUACAUAGGCACCACCCAGAAAACAGAUGACCGGAAUGAGAACAAGCAUCACAUCAGGAGAGAUAUCCAUGAAGUGGUGAAGAAAUGUCAGAAGUGGGUCUCGACAGCUACCAACUCAGUGGACAGUGAGGAUGCAAAGUUGGUUGAGCAGGUGGGUGCCCUUCACUCAGAGAUGAUCAAGUGGAUGGUUCAGAUACUCUUACGCCUGGCACCAAACAGGGGAGAUAACUCCAAGGAGGCAGCUGAUAUGUCUCUGAUAGGCAGCACAACAAUUUCUCAGCUGCAGGCCAAGGCUAAAUCCUUGUUUGAACGGCUGAUAUCCUUCUCUAAAUAUGUCACACUCUGCUGUGAUGGCAUAGUACUGGACAAUACUCAGAUGCGACGCGACAGUCGCGAUGAGGACCCGGAACAUGAAUACAGAGACCUGCAGAGACUACGGCAUCUUCACCAGCCUGAAUUCUCAGGACGUUUAAGUGCCUGGGUAAUGACGGAGUGUAAUGAUUGGGUAGAAACAGCCAAGAUCCUCAUGUCUCAACUGACUGGGGAACCAAUAGAAGUCCUGUUCCCAUUAGUCGCCAGCCCAUCUGGUGGUAGUAAGAAAACCCACCAUCCUGGAAACAAACAGAAACCAGCAGCUAUGCCUCCACAAACCCCUAAAUCUCAACAGGAGGACCCCAGCACCAAAUCUUUAGGAACAGAGACACAGCCGACUGAGGAGCUUCAGAAAGGGGAGGCAACUGUUACACAAGGUCCUGAAGGCAAAAGUGAAGGAGGACAGGAGAAGACUACAGAAGCUGCUGAUGAGAAACAAGUUGAUGAACCAUCCUCAUCCAUACCCCAGGGGGGUACAGAGGAGGAAGGUGGUACCCCAGGGAUGAGAGAUGAAGGGGAGGGGGAAGAGGUGGAGCGUGUGGAGGCCAUUGGAUUUGAUAUGAACACUCACGUACACAACUUGGCUGAGAAGGCCUCUUUUGAUGAGUCUACUCGUACCACAAGCCCACAGAUCAAAAAACCAGUACAGCCCAAGUCACCAGGUCUCAAUGUCACAUCAGAACCUUUGACUGCCUUACAGACUCUGCAGACACAGUUAUUAAACACAGAGGACCGGUGUCAGAGAGCAGAGGAGAGAGCCAUUGCAGCCGAGUCCAGUCUAGUGGAAUGUGAGGAAAAGGUUCGCGCCUUAGAGAAGCAGCUGGCGCAACUCAAAGAGGCGCAGACCAGCAGGCUUAAAUCACCAGAGCCUGUCGCCGAGAAAUCAGGCCCCACUUCAAGCUCGCCAGUUGCAUCUGACCGAAGAUUGAGCAAAGACUCGUCAGCUUCAGAAAGCAAGACGUCUCGGGAUGGCUCGGAACCACGACUUAAGAGAAGCGACUCGCGCUCCAGCAGCAAAAUGGGCACAAGAGGAAGGAAGAAGACAAAUUAACCCCGUCCUGUGCUUUUGAUGUAUUUGUGUAGUUUGUGUCUUGGCCUUGGGUCAAGUUCUUCAUUUGAUAAUUGGGGAAGAAAGCAUUUCUGUUCCAAUUUGAUUCUGAUUUCUAUCAUAAAUUUGAUUUCUUUCGUAAGAAACUCAUGAUUUGAUGACUGGAAUUGUACCAAUGUUCCAGAAGCAAUCCAUAUUCCACUGAGCACAAAGAUUACUUUAUUAAAUGAAUUUUCUUUUUUUUUUUUGUAGUUCUUGGGCUUAUUGUGCAUGUAAUCAAAGUAUUUUAGUUAACUCUCUGAUGUUGUCGUUAUGUGAAGCCUCUCGGGAGUUUAUCAUUAUCAAACAUUAUGAUGUUUGCUCUAAUAACAGAAACUAAACAGAGUGUGAUACAUCAUAUCACCAUGUAUUUAUUGGUGUACUAUUUAUGUUGGUUAGUGGCACAACCAAAACCAAAAGCAAUGGAUUGAAUACCAUGUGUGAUAUUAGUUAUUUCAUGUUACAAACGUUGGUUUUGUGUUCACACAGUAAAAUCAGUGGCACAAUACAAGAUGCAAUUCAACAUCCUUAUGUAAUUUAAAUUUUAAAACUUUUUGGAAUGGACACAUAAAAUGUUUGUUGUAUAUAUAUAUGUCUAUGAUGUUGUGUUGUUGUUAUAAUGUGCAAGCAUAUUUGUGUUUAAUUAAAUAGUGUUGUUUAUUGGAAUAUUGAA